AUGCAUUUCGUUGCGGAGGAUGGAGUGAGUUCCCUUGGCCUCGCUUUUUCCGACAUGCCACCCUCGCCUGUCAUCAUCUCCAAGGUGUUGGAGGGAAGUUGGGGACACAGUGCAGCUGUGCCUGUGAAUGCAGAGAUUCGAUUCAUCAACGCGAUCUCUGUUUCAAGCAUGGAUUCCCAAAACUUCAAGGCACAGCUGCAGCUCCGCCCAAUGAAGCUCUCUGUCCGUGUAAGCGAAGGUGCGCUGCAAGGCAAGGUGCCCCGAGAGGAUCGCUUGGACAACCCAGGCAAUCAGCCGACCGUCUCAAGCACCACCCCAGCCAGCGAGCACGAGCUUCAGGCGCACGAUGAUGCAAAUCUACGAUCAGAGCUCCGAGCCAAGGAGGAGGAACUCACCAAUCUGAAGAACCACCUUGAGCAAUCCCACCGGGACCUCCGAGAGAAGUGCCAGGAGCUGGAAGCUAGCGCAGAGGCCGCCUCAGAAGCGAAGUUGAAGCUUGUGGCAGAGCUGGCAGAAAGGGACCGCGAGCUGGCGGACGCGAAGCUGGCCAAGACGCCUCUCGAGGAUACGCAGGCAAAAGAAGCAGAAGCCAAUCUUCAAGGAAUCUCGGGAGAGUCGGAUGACGGCAAGCAAGUUCGGCAACUUCAAGAACAACUGUCACGGCAAGAAAGCGAGCUUCAGCGCCUGAUGGCAGACCUUGAAGAUGCAAACAUCUCGCUUGCUGCCAAAGACGAGAAGCUCGACAGUCCAAGCUCCCGAGCUUCGUUCCAGAUCUCGCCAAGCUACUGGGAGACCGUGGAGCUGCAGGCCUUGAAAGAGGAGCUCCAGCAAAGAGAUGCCGAGGUGCAGCGCCUUCGAACCAGCCUCGCUGAUGCCGAGACGAAGAUUCCAAAACUCAAGGAGGGCGAGGAGGAGAAGCUGAAGGCCACGGUGCCCAAGUCCGUGGACCACUGGGGCUUUCGGCUUCAGCGCGGACUGGUCUACGAGGUGAAGAAGGGAGGCUGGGCUGAGGCCGUGAGCCUGAGACUGGGCGAUCGUUUGUUGACGAUGCAGGGCCGGGCGGCUGCAGACUACAGCAGGGGGGAGUUCGACCGAGUGAAGUCUGAGCGACCUCUGCAGCUGAAGUUUCAACGUGGCGGACGUAGGCAAGCAGAAGAAGUGGCGUCGACGAAGAUCCAAGCGAACUGGAAGGGCAAGAAAGCGCGGAAACUUCCGCAGAUCGAGGCUCGGCUUCGUGUGGGGGACGGCGAAAUCAUGACGGCGACGGCGGAGGCGGAGGCGGAGGGACGUGUUGAGCUCGGCUUCAAGCUGGAGCGCUGGCCACCAGCCCCGCGAGUGUUGGUCCGCUCCGUCCGAAGAGGUGGAUGGGCCGGAGGAGUUGGGAUGAAGCCAGGCGACGAGCUGCUGACGGUGCAGGGCCAUUCCCUCCAGGACCUUGACCGCGGGAAGUUCCAGAAGCUUGUCGACAAGGAGCGUCCACUGGAGAUCACUUUCUGCCGCGGCACGAAGGAAGACGUGCAAAGGAUUGCAUCAAGCAAAAUUCAGGCAGGCUGGCGACAACGACGUGUGGAGGAGGGCAGUGCACCCGCUGCCAAUGCAGCAGGCCACACGCCAGCUGCACCUGCACAAGAGCGGGUCUUUGCCAUGAUCAGCGAGAGCACCGAGGGAGCUACCGCGUCUGAGCUCAAGAGGCAGCUGGCAGAAAGGGAGCGCGAGCUGAAGAUCCUCCGCCAGGAGUUUUCGAAAGCCGAGACCAUGUUCCAGACGAGCCUCAGAGACAUCUCGACCGAUUCCUCGAACUCUGCGGUGGAGCUGGCCUCCUUGAAAGCACAGCUUGUUGUGGAGCAGUCCAAGGCUGCGAAAUGCCAAAGCGACACUGCGGCCAAAACCACGAACCUUUCGGCGAAGCUCCAAGUGGAGCAGCGCAAAAGCGAAGCCCUGGAGACGCGCCUCGUCCAGGCAGAAGUGAUCCAUCAAGAGCAGAUGAGCGAAAUCACGGACUUUUUGACGGAGAAGCAGCAGGAGCUUCGUCUUUCUGACUCGGACCUGCGGGAGAUGAGCGCCGGGCGGCUUGCUUCUGGUUCCGCUGGGCCGAGUGAGAUGAAGGAGUUGAAAGAAAGGCUGGCAGAGGAGCAGGCCAAGGUCUCGCAGGCGGAGCGGAAGCUCGUGAAGAGCUGGUCAGACCAGCGAGCGAUUGACCUACAGUGGCAAGCAGAGGUGGCAGCCCGAGACGAAAGGCUGAAGGAACUUCGAAAAGAUUUGGCAAAAGCAGAGUGGUGGGCCUCACUCUCCAAGCGUUCCCCUCAACACAAGGAGAUCCUCGACAUCAAGGAAGAGUUGUCCAUGGAGCAGUCAAGAGCCGCUCGUGCAGAGAGGAGACUGGCCGAAGCUCAGGACGCUGCUCGGCUGCUUGAAGAGAUGGAAGCCCUUCAGGACGCCCUCAAUCAUGAGGAGGCCUGUGUGUUGCAGAUGAAGACGGCUCUCAUUCAUGCUCAAGCGCAGCGGAAGCUCACGGCGGAGGUCGCCACGCAAAUCCAGGCAGCAGCGGAUGCGACGGCCAAGGCGAACUUGGAGCAGCUGAGCUGGGAGUUUGGGAGGCAGCAGCGUGAGCUCCAGAAGGUGAUGUCCGAAGAGGCGGCAGCGGUAAAGAUGCAGGCCAGGACCCGCGGGAACCAGGCACGCAAGCAGGUGGCGACCAUGAAGGCAAGCAGGAAGGCAGAGAUUCAAUCGACCGAAUCUGCCGAAGACACGAAACCUGGCGCCACGACAGGUCCUCUUAGCUCCACACCUCAAGAGGGCAAGAAGCAAGAGAAGGACCAGAAGGCCCUUGACUCCGCAACCCUCGAGCUUCGUACCAAGCUGACGACAGCGUUGACGGAGUCGGCUCAGAACGGUGCUCUCGCGGAGGGGUUGGAGAAGGUUUACGGACAACCCUCUCGCGCCGUGCAGACGCUUCGAAAGGAGGUGGCUGCCCUGAGAAACAAGCUCUCACUCUCGGAGGCCUCCAGGGCGGUUACACCACCGUCGACACCCAUCUCGCGGAGGACACCUGCGAAGAAGAAGCUUCAGCAGUCGCCAAGUUCUGUCCGUUUCGCCAUGGACGACGAGGGGACGUCUCCGCAGGGAGCUUUGCCGCCCGCUUCCGCUUCGGGAGUCCAGCAGGAAGAUGCGAAGGUGAAGCAGUCUGAGGACAGAGCGCAGAUCUUUCAAGAGGAGGCAGCGAACUUUGCGAAGCAGAUGGAGCAGAUGCGCAAGGAACAGGUGAAGAUGAAGCAGGAGCUGGAUGAGUCGAAGGCGCAGGUCUUGGCCCAGGAGACCCUGCGCCGAAGAGAUUCCAACCGCAAAAGAGAUUCCAGCGUGCGAACGGAGAGGGAGAAGACUGACAAGGCGAUCUACCUCAGCGAAAUCUCAGCAAAGGAGUCGAUGCUGGAGAAGGCGCAGGAGGAGAUCCGUGCACUUCAAGAUGAGAAGGCUGAUGCUGAGAAGGAGCGCCAGCGUGAGAUGAUCCCUGAGAUCAAUGAGACCUCGUACUCCUCCCCAGAGCUGCAGGAACAGGCUGCAGAGAAUCGCCAGCUGCAGUGCUCCCUGAACAUGCAGGAGGAGUUGAGCACAGAACUGAGGAGACGUCUCUGGGAGGCUCGAGAUGAGCUGACCGCCGCGAAGUCCAUGGGCUGGCAGCCAGAGGUGCCGGUUCCGCCAAAGGCGGCCGAAACGCAGGCUUCGCCAAAGCCAUCGGAAACGCAGGCGCUGCCAUCCGUGCAAGCCGAUUUGGAUCCGGCUCCGACAGUGGAGGUGAUCCAGAAUGAGGAUUCCGCGGUUCGACAAGCUUUUCGCCACGAGCAGGAAGUGGCCCAGAACCUGCGCCUCGAGCUGCGAGAGGUUGAGACAGCUGCAGUGGCGACAGCAGAGGCCGCCGAGGCGCGAAUCUUGCAGAUUGAGGCCAUGGAUCGAAGAGGGAGAGUAUCUCUCCACAUGGCCGAAACUGCCGCCGAGAAAGAGGUGGUGCUGAAGCACGAUGCCAUCAAAGCUGCCUGCGAGGCUGAAGCAAUGCUGGACCAGGCUCGAGGCACGGAGCAGCGACUUCGCCACGAAAUCUACGAGCAGUCUCAGGCAGCUUUCCGUGAGAGUGCCGUCUGUGAUGGCCUUCGAAGAGCUCUGAUGAAUUCGGUGGAGCAGGAGAUGGCCCAGGAGGCUCUGCACGCUGCGGCCCGCUCUCAGCCCGCCCAUCCGAUCCCGGAGAGGGCGUCAGAACCCGCGGGCUCCAAGCCGGUCGCACAGAGACCUGGCGAGGCUCCUGGCACGUCUCCUGGAGGCCGCGGAGCCCAGCCUUCUGCCCCGAGAGCUUCGCAGCUCUUCGCUACGAAGCUCUCGAACCGGGAGGACCUGAAGCAUGAUCUGAUGUCGCCCGGAGACGUGAAAUCAUGGAUGGAGCCCUCGAUGAUCUCCCAGCCCUCUCUGCUGAGUGCAGCAGCCAGUGAGGCCGCCAGCCUGCGAAAGGAGGCCGAGCAAUUGCGGAAGGAGGUGAAGCACUGGCGUGCGUCGCGCCCAGCUCGUGCUGAGCCCACGGCUCCCAGCGAAGCUUGGCCCGCCUCUCCCGAGGGAGGGCCAGCGGCAGCAAGCCCAAGGGCAGCCCGCAGCGCAAUGAGACCAGAUUCAGAGCAAGGUUUGAACCGAGAAGAUUCAUGGAGGCGGAGCCCGGAAGCUUCCCCUGCGCAGACGCAGGUACCCGUAUCACAGGUGCCGAGCCCCCGCUCGCAACAGCUGCCAAUGCUACACGAGCAGCCACCCCCGCGUCCACCGCCAGGACGGACGUGA